AUGUGUACUAACAAUAAUCCUUUAUAUAUAAAUAAUAUUUUCAAUGAGACCCACCCAGAAUUAAGAGAUUUAUAUGAAAAUUUACAAGAACUCCAAAAUAAUUUUGCGGGAGCUUCUUAUGAAGAUAUUGAAACAGAAAAUAUUAUUGAGACUGAAGUAGAAGAUUUUCAUGAUGACUUUGAUGAUGAAAUAAAUAAUGAAGUUUUUCAAAUUACAAUUGUUUCAUACUGGUCUAAAGUUGAUAUCCUUCCUUCUUCAGAAAAUAUUGAAGAUUAUUUGAUUUUACCAUCUGAUAACAAUACAGAUUCAAUCCAAGAAAUGAUUGAUUGUUUUAAUUUUGAUGAUCCAUUAUCUGCUAAUGACUACAUAGAAAUAGAUUUGAGAUUGCAAAAUCAGGAUAAAUUAGCUGAUAAAGAAAUCAUUGAACUAGUUAAAGGGAAGGAAGUGAUUGAAGAAGAAGAUAACCAAUCUCAAGUUUCUGAAGAUAAAAUAACUAUGGAUCAGGCUAUGGAAUCGAUUGAAAGGCUCCAAUUUUUUCUAAUGCAAGAAGAAAGAGGAAUAGGUAUUAGUGAGAGUUUCCUGCAUGAAUUAAACAAAUUUAAAAGAGAAUUAAAGAAAGAAAUUUUAUGUCAAUGGCUCAAACAGAAAUUGACACCUAUUUUAGUUAAAUGA